AUGAGGCUUUUCAUUCAAUGGCUCUCAUUGUCAAUAGGAGGAGUAUUGUGCGGAAGUCAAGUCUUAGCUCGCUCUUUUACGUCGGACAAUCAGUUCUCGAAUCUGUCCGCUUCACCUCAAAACGGCACUGACGGGCAAGAGCUGGCUACUCGCUGCGCUAAUCUACGGCAACUGGUCCCGGCUGCCAUCAAGAAACACAAAAUUGAAGUCUAUGUUUCAGACUUACACAGUGAAACCAUUUCAAAUGAUUUCUUUAACUUUUCCGCAUCAUCUCCGAACACAGUGCCAUUCAGGGAGGUGAUCCCCAACUUACCAAAGUUCUGUAGAUUUGGAGGCUAUUUCAACACUUCGAGCACCAGUCGUGUUCAAUUCGAGGUUUGGUUACCUUUGGAAGACUGGAGUGGUAGAUUUGCAUUUGUCGGGAAUGGAGGAAAUUCUGGGAGGGUGAAUUAUCCAGACAUGGCAGUCCCGCUGACAAAAUACAAGUUCGCAGUCGCAUCGACGAACACUGGACAUGAUGGCAUGGAGUUCGAUGGUACCUUCGCCAUUUCGAAUGGAGAAACACGUCACGAUUUUGGGUAUCGUGCGGUCCACCUUAGUACCAUAUUUUCCAAAUCAGCUGUGAAGCACUUUUACGGCAAACCAGCGAACAAGAACUACUGGCUGGGUUGUUCUUCAGGAGGCAAGCAAGGUCUGAAAGAAGUGCAAGCCUAUCCCAAAGACUUUGAUGGUGUACUUGCAGGUGCAGCAGCGCAAUGGUGGACUCAUCUCGUCAAUUCAUGCAGGAAUGGAUGGAUGGUGGAAUCUAACCUGCGCAAUUCACCAAUGAAGGAAGGGUUCAUGAAUAUAAGCGAUUGGGCGCUCGUCCAUGAACAUACCUUGACCCAAUGUGAUAUGUUGGAUGGGGUCAAGGAUGGGGUCAUUGAUAAUCCGCUAGUCUGCAAGCCAACGUUCGAAUCACUUCAGUGCUCCCAAGUCAAUUCACAUAAAUCGAGUAGCAGUGAAACGAUACCACCAAAAUGCUUGACUUCGAAACAAAUAUCCGUAGUACGAUCUGCUUUUGAAGAUUGGGUGGAUGGAGAUGGAACCUUCCUCUUUCCGAGUUAUACGCAUGGCUCUGAGUUCUUCGCAAGAGCCGGUAUGUUCAUGCCUGCGGUACCAUUCCCAGUGGCAACGGAUUUUUUCAAAUAUCAAGUCAUGAAUCUUACCAGUGUUACCAGGGACAACAACUUCACCUCAAAAGGCAUCAUUGAGAUGCUUUCCGUCGCAGAUCAAACAGACCCUGGGAAGUGCAAUGCAAUCGAUGGUAACAUCUUACCUUUCAUCCAACGUGGGGGGAAAUUGAUGACUUAUACUGGAAUGUCUGAUCCCCUGAUCCCCAGCCGUUCUUCUAUAUGGUACCACGGUCAAGUCAAAAAGGCGUUGGGACGAGAUCCAAGAGAGUCUUACAGACUAUUCCCAGUUCCUGGUAUGGGUCACUGUGGGGGAGGACCGGGUGCUUCAAGCAUAGGCGCAGCUGGACAAGGAGUGUUUCCUCCAACUGACAUGAUGCAAUCUUCCAAGUUUGACAGCAAGCACGACAUGGUCUUGGCGCUAAUCGAAUGGACCGAAAAUGGGAAGGCUCCGGAUCACAUGAUCGCAGCAAAGUUCAAAAAUGAUCAGAGGGCUGAAGGGCUUCAGUUUCAAAGGAAGUUAUGCCCAUGGCCAUUGGUUUCAAAAUAUGAUGGGCGCGGUAAUCCAAAUUCUCAUCAUAGCUUCAAGUGUCAAGAACAGUAA